AUGAUCACAGCAUGGACCCCAUCAAGGAGACGGGCUCUUGCCACUUGGAAGACGUUCAUAUCAAAGACAUGGAGAAGCAACCUCAGCAAAUCCAGGUUGCUCCUUCUGAUCAAGCUCAUAUUCGGAGAAUGUUUGACCACCGUGUCUUGCCUAUUGCCUGAUAGACUCUCAAUGGUCCGCACCUAUAUGUUGCUGCAUUGUGUAUAUGGUGCUUGGGGCGCAGCAGCCAUGUGCAGCGGCGCUGUGCAUAAUCUUGCCGAGCUCAUUGUCUGUCGCUGCUUGCUGGGCGUAUUUGAGGCUGCCUUUGGUGCUGGGGCGCCAUAUUUCUUGUCACUCUUCUAUCAGCGUCGAGAGCUGGGAUUCCGUGUCUCUCUGUUACUGGGUAUGUCGCCUGUGGCCAACUGCUUCGCCAGUGCUUUGGCAUACGGCAUCACUCAUAUCAGACAUUCAAUUGCCUCCUGGAGAUACUUGUUUAUCAUCGAGGGGGCGCCCACCGUUCUUUUUUCCGCUAUCGUCUUCUUCUUCCUCCCUGAUUCGCCGGGCACGGCCAAAUUCCUGAACGAGACUGAGCGGACUCAAGCCGUCGAGCGACUGCAGACCUUUGACCGAACGGCAAAGAACCGACUCGACCGUAGCCAGGUCUUUAGGGGACUGACUGACUACAAGAACUGGGUGCACACCUUCAUCCACUUCUGCUGCAAUUUCUCCUUUGCGGGAUUGUCCAAUUUCCUCCCCACGAUCUUGCAUGAUAUGGGAUAUACCUCCAUCAACGCACAGGGUCUAGCUGCACCGCCAUACCUCGCUUCCUUCAUACUAUGCGUCGUGGCAGCGCUAAUCUCCGACCGAUACGGCAGACGUGGUCUGAUAAUUGCCGUCUCAGCAGCGACAGGGAUGAUUGGAUACUUGAUCCUUGCCGUGGUGCAAGAUGAGUCAAAGACUGGGGUGCGAUACCUGGGCGUUUGGCUAGCCACGUGCGGAAUUUUCCCGGCUCUAAGCAUCAAUAUCACCUGGUUGCUAAACAAUCAGGGUGGGGAUUCGAAGAAAGGGGCCGGGAUGGCGAUUCUGGCUGUACUUGGUCAAUGCUCGAGUUUUGUGAGCAGUACUGCGUUUCCGCGAACAGAGGGCCCUUUCUACGUCCGAGGAUGUGCCAUUGGAUGUGCUUUGACCGGGUGCAUUGUAGUCUUUGCGCUGGGGCUGUAUGCGAAGCUGGUCCAUGAGAACAAGGUGCGGGACAGCUAUUUGAUUGCAGAGGGUACAUGUGGCAGUUUCUGUCGAUGGGGCGUCGAGGAUAUUGAAUGGGUUGAAUCACCAUAUAUGGAGGAUAUUAAAUGGUUUGAAUCACUAUAUAUGGAGGAUAUCAAAUAUUUUAAAAUAUUUAAUAUCCUUUAG